ACCCCCAGACAGGGAAAUUGGUAAUGAAUUGUUUUUAAACAAAACACUAGUGACCUUUUAUCAUCAGUCACCUUAAAAAGUAAGGGGAGACGGGGGGGAAUCGCUGGUUUCUUUUAACCUUAAAAUCUGGAAGUGCCUUUCCCUCCCGCAGCCGCGGGGCGACCUGAUGGCAGUCACUUCUCCCGUACACUCGGCACAUGAACCAUUAAUUUCUGGGCUACACAGUCCCUGCAAGAGGUCAGGGCUGGAAUUCUGAGGCGCCUACCCAAGCAGCCAAAGCUUAUGGAAUCAGGAUGCAAAGCUGUUCGGCGGAAAAGGAACAUGAGAACCGGCUACUGGAAAACCCGGUGUGAUAAGACUAGGGACUCCAGAUCGUGGAUUUGGCUCUUCGGUGUCAACUACCCAAGCUUCAGAGUGGAGAAUUACUUUCUCAUAUGUAAACACACAACUACUACCGGGAGUCCUUGAAAACGCCAAAGAAAUUUCUUCAUCCGAGUUCUAGGACUUGUUUUCUAUAACCCGCCCGACUUUUCUUUCCCCUUUCUUUCCUGCAAGUUACACUGCUAGACGCCUUUAUUGGGUUUAAUCCGUGCAAGUGUGAGGAGGAUCGGGCGGAGAAGGGGGAACACAUGAUUGAAGCACCUGGUAAGCUCUCUCGUAGCCAAAAGCAUCUCCGUGCCCGAAGCACAUUUAUCCAGUCACCAUCAUGGAAGAACAGAGAUUCCGCACCCAAAAACUUCCUGAAAUACGUGGAAUUGGUGGUGAUAGAGAAGUAGCGGCGGCUUCCCUGCAUCCAACAUGCACAUAGACUGCUCGGUGAUUGGCUGACCCUCUGACAGCUCAGAAGGCGAUUGUAGGAUCUGGAACUCCACCCCUUCGGCAGGGCCCUGGGACCAUUCAUAAACUAAACAACACUCCCGCAAAUCCAGAGACACACACACACACCGAGGAAGAGAGGCGCAGAAAGUGAGAGUCUCUACAUGCAAUUUCAAGGGUUGGGGGGGAGGAGGAGAAAUCCUGGGCACCCCUCCCUGCUCAGACAGUCUAUGCAAAAAAAAUAUUGAUAUAUAUAUAUAAAAACUAAAGAACAGGAAUGAAUGAUCACAGACCAAUGGCAGCAGUCUACGCCUGAAGACAGAGAAAGCCAGAACCGGGUUCAGUCAACGCCUCCAGCAGGAAGAAGGAAAUCAACAACAUCCCUUGACAGUCGGCGAGAGACGCAGCCAAACUCAUGCACAUCUCUGGUGGUGCCAUGGUCUGAGUUUUCCCUCUUCCGCUCUUGGCAUUUCUCGCAUUCUUCUUUUAUUGCGUGCGGUUUUCAACUUCGCCACUGCUCGGCUGUGCUGUGGAGACCCGCUGCGAGUCCCGGAGAGAAGUUUUUAAAUGAACUGUUGAACUAUUUGCGUGUGGGAGGGUGGGUGGCUGCGCGCAGAGGCUGCUGCAUACAACACGCCCCCCCCCCACCCCAGCACACCGAAAAGGCGGCACAUCAAACUUUGCACUUCAAAGGUUUCCCCUCCGUCACCCGCAUCGCCCCAUUCCCGUCGGCUGCCAGUUGCAUGGUUCUUGUUUUUUAAAACCACCGCCAUCGCCCACUAUUUUCUUAACUUGUCUUUGGGGCGGAGUGCGUGCGUGUGGCGGGGGCUGGGGGGCUGCAACUUGGCGGGUGCCCUGUGCAAAGCUGCAGUCACCGCUAAAGCAUUGGAUCCCUCAACGUACUGCGAGAGCCCGGUCUAUAGCCCGGACCUGUGCCCCAACAUGAUCGCCGCCCAGGCCAAGCUGGUGUACCAGCUCAACAAAUACUACACGGAGCGCUGCCAGGCCCGCAAGGCGGCCAUCGCCAAGACCAUCCGGGAGGUGUGCAAGGUGGUGUCGGACGUGCUGAAGGAGGUGGAGGUGCAGGAGCCCCGCUUCAUCAGCUCGCUGAGCGAGAUCGAUGCCCGCUACGAGGGGCUGGAGGUGAUCUCGCCCACCGAGUUCGAGGUGGUGCUCUACCUCAACCAGAUGGGCGUCUUCAACUUCGUGGACGACGGCUCCCUGCCCGGCUGCGCGGUGCUCAAGCUGAGCGACGGCCGCAAGCGCAGCAUGUCGCUCUGGGUGGAGUUCAUCACCGCCUCGGGCUACCUGUCGGCCCGCAAAAUCCGCUCCCGCUUCCAGACCCUAGUGGCCCAAGCCGUGGACAAGUGCAGCUACCGGGACGUGGUGAAGAUGAUCGCGGACACCAGCGAGGUGAAGCUCCGCAUCCGGGAGCGCUACGUGGUGCAAAUCACGCCCGCCUUCAAGUGCACCGGGAUCUGGCCGCGCAGCGCUGCGCAGUGGCCCAUGCCCCACAUCCCCUGGCCCGGCCCCAACAGGGUGGCCGAGGUGAAGGCGGAAGGCUUCAACCUGCUCUCCAAGGAGUGCUACUCGCUGACCGGCAAGCAGAGCUCCGCCGAGAGCGACGCCUGGGUGCUGCAGUUCGGCGAGGCCGAGAAUCGCUUGCUGAUGGGCGGCUGCAGGAACAAGUGCCUCUCGGUGCUGAAGACCCUCCGGGACCGGCACCUGGAGCUGCCCGGCCAGCCGCUCAACAACUACCACAUGAAGACGCUGCUGCUGUACGAAUGCGAGAAACACCCCCGGGAAACCGACUGGGACGAGGCGUGCCUGGGGGACCGGCUGAACGGGAUCCUGCUGCAGCUCAUCUCCUGCCUGCAAUGCCGGCGCUGCCCCCACUACUUCCUGCCCAACCUAGACCUCUUUCAGGGCAAACCGCACUCAGCCCUGGAAAGCGCUGCCAAACAGACCUGGAGGCUAGCCAGGGAGAUCCUCACUAAUCCCAAAAGCCUGGACAAACUAUAGGGUUAACAACACAGUGAUAAACCCAUUUAAAAAACUUUUAUUUAAACAAAGCAGCUACAACAAAAGAGGCGGCGAAACAAACAUCCAACACCCCACCUGCAAUUAAGCAUUUAAAAACUCUCAGACAUUUACAAAGCCAAAACUAUCACCUCGUUGCACGAGAAGAGACUCCCCUUCCUCCUUUUUUCUUGCAAUGUGAUUUUUUUUAAGUCACACAAAGAAGCGAUCGGACUUUCCAUCAUCCAAACGAAGCGCAAGGUACAUUUUCAAAUAAAUGUAUAGUCAUUCUUUUCUUAUUCUUUUUGUUUGCCUGAAUGUUGUCACCAAGUGAAAAAAUUAUUUAACUAUAUGUAAAAAAUUCUCUUUAAAAAAAAGUUUUACUGAUGUUAAAUGUAUUUCAGUGCCAAGGUCAGACUG